AGGGGUUUGUGCAUGUACCUAUCUAUCUACCUAGGUACCUACCUUACAUGAUGUAGGUUAGGUAGUCGACCGGGCAGUCGGGUACCUAAACCUACAGUAACUUCAACUGUACAAUCGCAACGCUGUUUUAAUGGAACUUUGAUCUCUCCGUUAUCAACUGUCGGCUUCUGCUUUACCAUCCACACCUGCAUAUGAGUGCUUAAAAAUCAAGUAUGACCUACACUAUAAAGUGCUUUUAAAAUACUUAUACCAACCGAAUCGGGAUUCAAUAUUUCUUACUCAAUAUAUUAUCACCAAUCACCAAUCACCAAUCGCCUAUCACCAAAGAUGGAGUACGAACCUUUAGCUCCCAAACCCCAGCCGGUAUUCGGUCAAGGCUUCAAGUACAAUGGUAGGCUUACCGUGAAAGGCAUACCUCGUGUAGAGCCUGCAGAGAUACGGCGACUCCUCUUCGAGCCGGAGGGUGCCGAUGAAGACCAACUUCGCGAAUGGCGUACAGAAACGUUUCGAGUAGUGACAAAACCUUGGCUCGAAGCCCAGAGCCGACACUAUGGCGUAGUGCUAGGACCUGUAGACAGUUGGUCAAAGGAUGAGUUACUAGUACUCUUCCGCAGAGAAUCUCUCCAACCUGAUUUCGGCGAUAUCAAGAAACAAUAUCAGUCAUUUAUGCCAGGCCAGUUUGAGAAGAUGAAGGCGGAUUGGGAAGCACAAUCCUUAGCCUACAAAGAGUCAUGUUUCUCCGGCCGUCGACAAGUAGAUUUUGAUAAUUUGGCUACCUUAGAGGAGAAGCUCAACUUUGACAUCGACAUGUUCCUGGAAACUUAUUACAGCAAUCCAGAUAUUCUUCCAGAUCCCAUGCCCUUCCGCGGGAUCAAUUUCGACGUCGUUAUGACAGCUAUGGAGCAAAUUAAGGGGCUGUACUGUCAAAAAGUAGGUAAUGAUUUUCAGAAGAUGCUCUGGGUUGGAUGGGACAAGAAAGACGUCAAGCAGGCGUGCAAGGAGUAUGCAGCGCUGGCCAAAGAAAAUGCUGCCGUGCGGCGUCAAUUGAAAAAACAGCAUACUAUUCUCGCACACGAGAAAAAGCUCGAGAAGAAGGCGGCGUCGCGGUUACAACCUCACCGAGAGUACGUGGCUAAUGUUGUACGCAACCGCGGACUCGAAGGCUCCUACGUAGUUGAGGCUACCCUUCUAGGAGUCCAACGCGAAGCUGGUAGCAGUUGGGUUGAAAUCAGGAAGACUAUGUUGAACGAUGUAUUCGAGGCGACUUUCAACUUUAUGCCCGCGGCAGAAGGUGUAAUAAUCCUUGCACAAAAUGGAGACGACAUCGACCGGUACAUUCGGUUAGUCGAACCAUUACGCAAAGUGCCAGCGCCGGCGGUCGAGGGCGAUAAGGCGAGUUCGAGCGGGUCCCAACCAGGUUCAAAGAGGAAGAGGGGGCAGAAUGAAAGUGUGGAACAGGAUAGAACCGAUGGAAGCUCCCAAAUUCCUAAGCGCAUGCGGUCUGAUAUACCAGCUGUUCCCGAGGGAUGUACUAGAUACUAUACACAUUGGCGUGGCACUGUAGGUAUUACUCCGACAUCUAUAGGUGCUACUGAAAUAUUGCGUGAAAAUGGAGAGGGCGAGAGCUGGAUCGACUUCACGGAGGGCGAGAAAGCACAAUUCAUCGCCCAUUUAGAGACCCCACUCAUGGCUGAGGUUAUUCAUGGCUACAAGAUUCAGGACCGAAAUAUAUAUGAAGCUACGAAAUGGGAAACUCGACCUAAAGGAUCAAGACACUAUUCGUGGGGAUGGGUAGAGUAGAUAGAGCUUUAGGAUGAUUGGCUGUCUUUGGUCCGUUCGACAUGGAUCCGAGCGAACUCAAUGUGUAAGAUAGGCGCGUUGUGACAUUAGAUAUAUAUCCUCAUAGUGAUUGGAGCUUUAUUUUGGCAUGAGAGUCGGUUUCAUCGACCUAGACACGAUGACAGUAGGUAGGUACUUAGCACUUGGUCUUAGGGGGCAAAGUAAGC